AACCCAGGUCGUCAGUGACGAGGCUCUGGAGCGUCAGAGUGCCCGUACCUGGAAACGCAAGCCCCAAAGACUUCUGAUGUGUCGGUGGUACGGUCUCGCAACGAUGUGGUAGGAAUGGUGGCCACGAAGCAAACUCGCUAUCCUCCUGCACCAUCCAGAAAGUCCGAUCCACGGGGACGGGCGUUUCCGAAACGCGCAACGCGCAACGCGAAACGUCACGAAGUGUUACCAACUGUGACCCGUUACGCACCUUUCGUGGCCCGAGUACCAAGAAUAGCAAGCUGAGUAAGCCGCUUCAUUCCAUUCAUUCGGCUUAUAUGCUGCUUCAAAGCCUCAGUAAGUAUUUUGGCUUUGCUACUAGCAGUAGUUGAGUCUGUA